AUGGACUGUCCCACCUUCGUGAGGUGUAGGUUCUGUAGUGCUCGUUUUGAGAACACGCAAGCAUUGGGGAGGCAUCUAGCAGGCAACACGCAGUGCUAUGAGGGGCACUAUAGUGCACCCGCCCCUGCCCGUUUCGAUCGGCGUGGUGGAGUGGUUUUUUUCAUCCCAUGUCGCGGACGUCGUUCCCCAGUCGGCGGCGCCACUGACGACUCUGGUGACGAUCGAGCACAAACCGAAAAUGGAGGCAGCACUUCACCAAACGUUCUCCCGAGUGUCAACCGGGGCACCGAAGAGAUGGACGGCGGAGGUGCGGAGGAGAUGCAAAGCGAGCGCACGGAGGAGAUGCAAAGCGAGCGCACGGAGGAGAUGCAAAGCGAGCGCACGGAGGAGAUGCAAAGCGAGCGCACGGAGGAGAGUGAGGGUGCGGGUUCUGACGGAGAGGGCACCCCAUCCCCGUCGAGGGUUGCUAACACCUCCUGCUCCAGUGGCAUCGUGGAAUCAGACGUUGGUGCCACUCCUCCUGGACCGCGAGUCAACUGGCACCCCGCCCUGCUGAAGCUGCUGGAAUUUGUGGACACCGCCAAUGGGGGAAUGAGCCUAUCGAAGAUGGACAAGGGCAAACUAAUACAACUGCUGCUUGUUCCCGAGUUGGCGCACGUGCUAGUUGCUGAGAAUAUGCGGACAUGCCGAGACCUGGAGCGCCUUCAGCUCGAGUAUAUCGCGGGCACCGGAAGAGGAUUCCUCACCACAACUUUCGUCGUCGAGGGCUACCCACCACAAGUUCUCUACCACCGGGACAUCAUGCGGGAACUGGCACGAAUGUUUGGCCACCAACACAAUGCCAAGGGCUUCCGCUUCAGGCCUAAAGUCGUUGUUGACGGAGACACAAACGAGCGAACCUACACAACGGCUGAAACUGGCACAUGGUGGAAUGAAGCGCAGGCUUUUGUCGGACCAGAGGUGGUUAUUGCGGCCUUGCUAUUCUACAGUGACGUGACACACCUGAGCAACAACGGGCGUAAGAAGGCGCACCCAGUAAUGAUGACUCUCGCCAACAUUCCGUUGCCCAAACGGUGGGGGAAAGCGGGGCAUUCGCUGCUGGCGUUAUUGCCCAUCCCCCCCAAGGGAAUGCCGCCUCGAGUGAAGACGGAGCUUUUCAACAAAUGCAUCGCCAAGAUAAUGGAACCUAUUCGACAGGCCAAAGAAAGAGGGGUAAUGCUAGAGGAUGCCGACGGCGAUUUGCACAACGUAAUCCCCAUGUUUUACGGCUGGGCGUGUGACUACCCUGAGUCAGGGAAAGUCACCGGCACGCUAUCCGGGCAGGGGUGCAGCAAGCCAUGCAGCCUUUGCUAUGUGGACAAGGAGAACUUGUCAUCCGUCCACCUCGAGAACAACAUGCGCACGCCGGAGCUGCAAUAA